AUGCCACAUAUUGUGCCUGGAUGCUUACAUCCAAGCAAUUCAGCGAAUUCGAUUGACUGGAAUGAAGGGGGACUCAUCGCCCACGCCUCUCAUAACGUCAUUUUAAUAAUCGACGUGUUCAAAUUCAAACGAAUUCAAUCAAUAGACAUUCAUCAAUCCGCUGUGAAUAUUGUGAAAUGGUGCCCGCAAAAAUCGCCGUUUGCCGAAUCGGCUGGAAAUCAGCUUCAGCUCGCUUCGUCGGAUAUUAGCGGACAAAUAAUUGUGUCGAAUGCUUUAACAGCGCAAAAAUCGUGCCAAUUUUCACACCCAAACUCAUCGGUUUUACAGAUUUGCUGGUUCCCGUGGAAGGACAUUUCCAGAGACUUCUUGCUCGUCCUCCAUUCCGGCUCGCAUUUGAUUCUCUGGAACACGCAAACCGCUGAGAAGGUCUGGAGCCAUGCUUAUUCGCACAUUCCGCUUCAUUAUUUCACGUUGGACCCGUUCACGUUGAGAAAUGCAGUUUUCAGCAGCGAUGGCAAUAAAGUGCUGAUUUGCUCGGACAUCGCGCUCGCCGAGCCCCAAUCGUCCGGAUUUUUGUUCAGCGUGACGAAUGAGGAAACCUCGAACAUUUUUCUUCUCGCUUAUCACAAAGCCUAUCGGAAUAUCGUGUUUGCCGCAAUUAAUAAUAUGCUUUAUCUCAUCAAUCCGGAAUUGAUGUGUGUGGUGUCGAAAAUCGCCAUCGAGUCGAAUCUCGUCGGAUGCGCGCCGUUGUCGCGACGCGACGCGCUCAUCGGUGUGCACGCGAACGGCGCCAUCACGUUGCGCAUUGGCGCGUUCGAGGGGCGCGACGAUUUGCGUUUGACGAAAAUCGCGCAAACCGAAUGCAUUCGUCAUGGCGGCGCGCAAAAAAUCGUGGCGGCCGUCGUGUGUCCCGCCACGCAAUCCACCAUCGCCGUGUUGUACCAAACCGGCAAAUUGGCGUUUUGGCAAUUGAAAAACGAAAAAACGCCGCUCGUUUAUCGCGCCGCUUUCAUCGAAGACUUUUUGCGGUUCGAUGAUGAAUUGGUGACGACGCCAAUUGGUGAACUCAGUUUGCAUCAGCUCGCCCGAAUUGGCGCGUUCUCGUCGGGCGUCACAUGUGUGCGAAUGCGGCCGAUGGACGAAUUGGCGAAAUUGGAAAAUGACGAGUUCGCCAACACAAAACUCGGAACGGUGCAUUUGGCGGCGGUUGGCACCAAUUCGGGUGUCGUUCAUCUCGUCGACGUGUUCACCGCGCAAAUCUAUCGAGAUAUUUGUGUGCAAUCAUCGCCAAUUAAAUGUCUCGAAUGGGGCGGCGUUUAUUCAUUGGUGACCGCCGGCUACAAUCAUUCGCUGAGCGCCUCGCAGGUUGUUCGAAACGAGGUGUUCAUAACCGACAUUCGCACGGGAAUCGGUCGACGAAUUCGACCCGAAGUCGAUGAAUCGCCCAUAUCGAUUAUAAGGGUCUCCUAUUAUCAUUGCUAUUUGGCGAUUGCAUUUCAACGUGAGCCACUCGAGAUAUGGGACUUGAAAGGUUUGCGACUCUUGCGACGAAUGAGCCGUUCGUGUCCGCUUAUCAUUGAUAUGGCCUGGUCGAAUAAGCAUCAUGGAAUACGGACCACCGAAUCGACGCAGCAGAGUGUUUAUCGCGAGAAUUUGGUGCUAUUGGACUCGGAGAAUCGAAUUUAUCACAUAACGCUGAGGGGGUUGCAUGUGAGGGAUGGCAAGAUGGUUAACACGCAGUGGAAAAGUGCGAGCUCACAAAUUUGCUCGAUGGCUUGGAAGGACGAUAUGUUGGCUGUUGGCGAUGUCGAGGGCUCGCUGGUGGUUUGGGACCUCGGCAAACGGCAAUCGAGACAGGUUCGAGAUGUAUCGCAUUCGAGAAUCAUGAAAAUGGCGUUCUCGCGACUUGCUGGCGAUCACACGAUGGCGGUUUUGCAUGCCAGAGAAGUGACGUUGUGGGACACGGAAGCGAUGACGCGAUUCCAAUCGAUUCGAACCGACGCGUCGCGUUGGUGUCUCGACGCCGAUCUGUGCGGCAUCUCGCCGCUGGUCCUCACCAAUGACAGCCACCUUCGGCUGAUAGUGAGCGACGCGAAAAACGCGCACAUCGCCGACAAAGACGUUCCAUUUUUGUGCAACGACGAGAUAUUGACGGAAAUUCGCCGAAAAUUUGCCGAUGCCGCCGUCGGCGACGACGACGACGACAACGACGACGAGACGCCGAUAAUGGCGGCGAUUCGAUGGCUCCUCAAAACUCGACGAGUCGUUUCGAGCUCCUCGUCGAGCAGUUGCGACGUGACGCGACUCCGCAACGAGCGGCUCGUUCAAUUAUUCGCCGGCAAUCGAUUCGGCGCCGACGUGUUGGCGGUGAUUUGCGACAAAUUGGCGCCAAACGGCGAGCAUUUGGCGCCCGAUUUGCAAUUGUUCUGGAACAACGAGGAUUUUAAGAAACGUGAAAGUCGUGUGAUUUGUGCGGCUUGCGAUUCGCCGUCGGCUCUCGAAGGCCGACUGGUCGAGCAGGCCGUUGUUGUUGGUGGCGUCGCCAAGGAGAAGGUGACGGAUCGAUUGAUUGUUUCGUCGGAUUUGCGGUAUUCGAGCAUCAAAGCAGCGUUGUUGGUUUCGAAUCAGGAUAAUGAGAAGGCGAAAUCGCUCAUCAAAUUGAUUGCGACGAAUCUGAUCGCUUCGGAUAUGAUCGAAGAUGGUGUCGAACUCUUGUUUUUGGUGGGAUCCGGUGGCGACGCGUGCAAGUACCUUCAGUCGCAGAAAUUGUGGACGCAGAGUAUUGUGUACGCCAAGAUGGGCCUGUCGGAUCCAUCGGAAGUCGAAUCGAAAUGGAUCGGUCAUCUCGUCGAAGUGCGACAGACGCGAGUGCUCGCGUGCGCCGCGCGUCGCGACUGGCCGAUCGUCGUCGAUUCGAUAUCGGCGUUCGACGCGACGCUGGCUCGAAUGAUCCUCCAGACGACGACAUCGUCGCCACCAUAG